AUGGCCGAAAGUGGUGAAAUUAUUUCCCAUGCGGUUGUAAAUCGUAUGGGUGAAAUCUUUGGUGAGUUUAGUUUUGAAUUUGACCGCCGCUAUUUUGCAGAUAAUGUCACUGCCGUUACCAAAUGGAACUUGCACAUUGAUGAGGAAGACAUUAGCGGAGAAACCACCGAAUUCUUUGAAGAGGAAAUGCCAGUGAGUAAAAACCGUAAAGUGGUGAAACUGCAUCCUGGUAAGUAUUAUCUUGUACGUGUGCGUGUCUAUUCAGAGAAUGUCUCUUCAUGGGGACCGUGGUCUGAGACCAUACGUACAUCAUCUCUACAGAGUGUUCGAACCCAAAUUAAAGAGAUUGGAGAGUAUUAUGUACGUUUACAGUGGGAUCGCCCACCACGAGAAACUCUUAAUAUUGUCGCUGAAAAAGAUCCAGAAUCUACACAAGCUAUUGCAGAUAUUUCACAAUUUGAAUUAAGACUUUUUCGUGAGACUGAUAUGGUACAAGAAUUCCAUGAUAGUUUCGCAACAGGAGUACGAACAUACACGGUACACGCUCUUCGUCCAGGAACGGCGUAUAUUGUGAUGGUUCGCUACAAAACUCUUAUCAAUACAAUGAAUCAAUGGAAAGAGAUUGGACGUUUUUACACUCGACCAGCUAAUGUGAUCUCAUUACUUACCCGUGGUGAAGAUGCUAUUACAGUGGGAUGGGAAUUAGGACCAAGUCCUGUAGAUGCGGUUGGGUAUAUUGUUCCAGACACGGCUGUACACCGCUAUGAAGUUUCCAUUGAAGCUGAAGAUGUUACAAUAAAUCCCAUUGAAUUACCCGAACAUCAACAUUCCUACCGCAUUGAUGGAUUAGCCCCAGGUACACUAUAUAGUUUCUAUGUACGUAGUUUAACUGUUGAAGGACGUUGGGGAAAUCGUUCAGAUCCUUUCAAAGUAAGAACUGCUUGUUUACCAGAACUUUCUGUGGUGGCUUCAGGUGAAACUUUUCUCUCCUUUACGUGGAUGCGAGAGAGAGAUGAAACAAAUGAGUCUAAAGUUGAAUUUUCUCUUAAAAGUACUUCUUCUGCAUAUAAACAACACGAUAUAGUAGAAAUUGGUCCAUCUGAGGAAGAUAAAGUAAUUCAUUUACAAGGACUUACAGCUGGAACAGAAUACAGUAUGUCUGUACGUAUUUUCUUACAAGGUGAAUGGGGUCUUUGGACAGAACCACGUUUUUUCCGUACCCAAUCUAAAGUUUCUUUAACUUUCUUAGAACGUGGUGAAGAUUUUUUUACUCUCGCAUUUGAAGCCCCUGAUGGUGAAAGAGGAAGUGUUCGGUUUAAUGUUGUGGUGAUGGAAAUUGGUAAAAAUGGAGAACGAAUUGCGGUACUAGAUGAUGAGAUUGUUCGUGGACAAGAUGAUCCUGGAUUUCGUGUAGACUAUUUACAAGCCGAUACCGUAUAUGAAGUGAAAUGUCGUGCUUGGCAAUAUAAUCGAGUGACGGGAUUUGAAGGAUGGGGAGAAUUUACAACACCUGUACAAACACAAACUCUUCAACAUUUGGUUUUACAUGUUUGGGAUAUUGGUGAAGACUUUGCCCAAUUACUUUGGCGUAGAGGACUCUCUGAGAAUACACCUGCAUCUACACAAGAACAACAAAAGAGUCAACAACCAUGGCCUGAUCUUAAAUAUGAAGUAGUGGUGGGUUGUUUAGAUACAGGUGAGGAUGAGAUUAUUCAUCAACGGGUUUUACAAACUAAUUUUACUAUUACAAAUCUUCGACCUGCUACUACUUAUAUUGUUUCUGUUCGAGCUUGUAAUGAACUUGAUCAAUGGGGUUUAUGGAGUAAAGUUACUUUACGUACAUUAGCUUCCAUAGUAACAUCUAUUCAUGAAGUUGGAGAAGACUUUGCACGACUGAUGUGGCAAAGACAAAAUAUAGAUGAAUUAGGAACUUUGAAAAAUGGUAAUGGAAGUAUUAAUAGUACAGUAGAUUCUGCCUUAACUACAGCAGAUAUGUUUGUAUCUAAAUAUGCUGUUUUUGUUUUUAGCCGUGAAGAUGGUGAAUCUACUCCAAGUUCUUUAAGUGGAUAUCAUAUGGGAGGUAAUGCUGAAGUUGCUCGUUAUGAAACGGUGGCAAGUGAACAUACAUCUCUUCGUGUGAAUGAACUUUUACCAGAUCGUGAAUAUAUUGCCGUUGUACGUGCAUCUACUGCAACUGGUAAAUGGGGUUUAUGGAGUCGUCCUAUACGUUUUCGAUCUAAUCCUCAAUUCCGAAUACCUGUUAAUAAUCUUACGAUUGGUGAAAAUUAUGUGAAUCUUGUAUGGAGUCGGGAUGCUCAUCCAAUGAUUGAUAAAGAUGUAUUUGUUGGAGAUCUUACUGUAACAGGUCAACAAUUACGUAUUCAUGGUGUGGAUACACCUUACUCUAAAGAUCAUACACUUCCUGCAGAUAUGCGAGAACUUAAAAUUUAUGGUUUAUCUCCUGCUACUGCUUAUACUAUACAAAUUCGUGUUUGUGGAAAAAGUGGAAAUUGGGGUCGUUGGAGUACACCUGUGCAUAUUCUUACACGAGAUACGAUCCUUACAAAGGCAGUAGAAGUAGCAGAAGAUUAUGCUAUUAUUGCCUGGGAACGUCGAAAAGUUAUUAAUCCCAAAAAUUAUCCAACAGGUCGUGGUGUGGUUACUUCUUAUCAUUUACGUGUAUAUAAUACUACAGGUAUUCAUUCAGAAGUUUUUCUUGGUGAUGGGGAUUCUCCCUAUCGCAUUGGUAAUUUAUCACCAGAUACUUAUUACUGUGUAGAGAUUAAGGCAAAUUACAAUGAUGAGGAAUGGGGAUUAUGGAGUACCCCACUUUGGUGUUUAACGAUGAAAAGUUUGGAAAUUCAAACAAAACUUAUUUCUGAAGAAUUUUGUUGUAUUGUUAUUAAACGACCUUAUCAACAAAAACGACUUCCAGAAGAUGAUGGAAAUCGUGCAAGUGAUGAUCGUCUUAUUGCCUUUGGACAAUUCCGUUCCAAUCUUAUGUUAUGUGUGACUUCUCCUAUUCUUACCCCAACACCUCAUACCACUACGGGAUAUACAAGACCAAAAAAUCAAAAUUCAUCUCUUCCUCCAAAUGCUGUUGAUCAUCGUUUGAUUUAUCAAACAGAAAUUCUUUGUACCACAGAUGAUACGGAACAUACAAUUCCAAAUUUACGUUCAAAUACAGUUUAUGCAGCUUCUGUACGAUCUAAACUUGAAAAUGGUGAAUGGAGUAUGUGGUCAUUACCUUCAUUAUUAUUUGCUACGGUUCCAGCCACUCAGGUGGAGUUUACAGAUAUUGGAGAAAAGUUUGUGACGUUAGAAUGGAAACGUAGUCCUCAAAAAAUACCACCACAAAUAGAAGAUCCUUCUGAAAUAAAAUGUGGACUUGGAAGUAUAAGUGCAUCUCGUUUGAAAGUACGUGAAAUUGGUGGAACUUUUCAGAAAAUGUAUGAAUUAAAUAAUUCUCUUACAACUAUGCGAUUAGAACCUCUUUGUCCAGCAUCUACUUAUGCUGUUUCUGUACAAACAUACAAUGAUAAUUAUGAAUGGGGAGUUUGGAGUGAAGAAGGAAAAGUACGUACAAGUCCUGGUAUGGAUAUUGCUGUACAACAUAUAUCUGAAGAUGCUGUUUGGGUGGCUUGGACACGUAAAUCAGAUAUAGAAGAUCCUGUAAACUUUGAUACCGCUCUUAACUUGGAUGUUGUUCCUAGAGCCUAUGAAAUAAGUAUUAUUGGUGAUGGAAAUUUUAUUUUUACAAAAGAAAUGGAAAGUAAUACACUCUUUUUCCGUGGUCUUCAACCAGAUACAGUUUACAGUUUUCAAGUACGAGCACAAUCUACAGAAAAUCAAGAAUGGGGUUUAUGGGCUUCUCAAUCUUUCCGUACAAAACCACGUCUUCGUGUUACCUUUGGUAAUGUUGGAGAACAUUUUGUUGUUGUGGAAUGGCGACGUCAUUUACCAGCUUUAUUAGAUGAACGAGAUGCAAAUACUAUUGUAGAAUCUGAAGAUGUCGUUCAACAAUUUCGUCUUAAGGUACAACGUGUUGGUGAUAAGGUACCAUACGUUUAUGAUCUUAGUCCAUAUAUUAGCAAUUUCCGUCUUAAAGAUUUACAACCAUCCGCAGAGUAUCGUGUAUGGCUUUGUGCUAAAGGAUAUGAAGGUGUUUGGGGAUUUUGGAAUGAUGAGGCAAGAGUACGUACAUUACCCAAACUGGAAUUAGAUGUUACUGAUAUUGGAGAAGAUUAUGUUGCCGUUUCCUGGAAACGUGGAAAAUGGAUGGGAGAAACUGCCACCGAUAGUGGAUCUACUGUACGUGAAGUGGAUGGUGCUGUGAGUGGAUACAGAGUACGAGUAUUAGAUGCGAAAGGAGUGGAAGUGGUAUCACGUUCUAUAAGUUUUCAUGAUACCUCAUGUACAUUGUCACCACUUAAACUUUCUAGUGUCUACUCGGUUGAAGUAUCUGCAAAGGAUACAUAUAAUGAAUGGGGUCUUUGGAGUGAUGCUAAACGUUUUGUUACUCUUGAAGCGGUGGAUCUUCGUUUAUUACGCGUUGGUGAAACCUUUGCAGAAGUUGAAUGGGGACGUCGAAGUGUUCUCUCCCAGAGAAGACGUCAACGUUUUGCUCGAGAUGCGGCUAAAGUGGCUGCAGAAGGUGAUGAAAUCGAUAGUAGUGGACAAAGUAUGGAUAAUGAUGAAGAUUAUGAUGAUGAUGAUUACGACUAUGAUGAAGACUUUGAUGAAGAAAAUGGAGAAGAUCGUAAAGAGAUGGAAGAAAAUGGAAGGAAUGGUCAUUUGGAUGAUCCCAGAGGACAUGAAAUGCGUCCCACUGGACGUUCAGGUUCUGUGGAUGUGAUCAAUGGGGCAGAAGAAAGUAGUGAAGAUGAAGAUAAUUAUGAUUAUUUAUAUGAAGAAGAUGAAUCCCUACUUCGUGGUGAUGGAGCUGUUUUACAAUGGCAUUUACGUGUAGAAGGACAACGUGUUUUUGGUGGACAACCCGGUGUAAAUGACUCUGCAGAGUUUUACGCCAAUGCAGAUGAAUUACAACAUAUCAUUGAUUCCCUUUUACCUUAUGCGGUGUAUACAGUUUCUGUACAAGCACAAGAUAAAAGAGGUAUGUGGGGACAUUGGAGUAAACCAAGGAAGUUAAUUACAUAUCCAUUACUUAAACUUACUGCUGAUAAUAUUACAGAAACUUUUAUUCAUGUCAUUUGGAGUAGACCACCUGUUACAAUGAAAACAUCUGAAGGAUUUAUUUGUUUUCCACCAGAGACUCAUAUUCAUAAUUAUCAAGUACAUAUUGAACCACUUUCAACGGAAGAACCAUUUGAUGAACGGGAUGAACCACUUGUAAAUGGUGCACGUGUAUAUGAAACUUCACAACCAUCACUUCGAUUAAGUAAUCUUACUCCAGGUGUACGUUAUCGUGUGGUUGUACGUGAACAAUUAAUUAAUGCCAAUGGAAGUUUUGUACCAGAUACAUGGGGUAGUUUUUCAGAUGUACAAGUUGUAGAGAUGGUACGACCCAUGGGGGUAACACCUAUUGAGAUUGGUGAAGAUUAUUGUUUGGUGGGUUGGCACCGUUUACAACGGGAGGCCGGUGAGGCUCCUGAUAUUAGUGUGAUCACUGGUGUUGGGAAAGUCACGGGUUAUGAAUUACGUGCAGUUCGAUUAGAUCAUAAAGCGAGAGAACAAUACCGUGGACCAUUGGCAUUAGAUACAAUUGUGUCAUUAGAACCAAGUGCUACCUCUUAUCAUUUAGGAAAUCUCGUCAGUAAUACUAUUUAUGCGGUACGUAUUCGAGCACAGACGGAAGGCUAUUGGGGUCCAUGGAGUUCAGUGAUGAAGUUUGUUUCCCAGAGUCGAUUAGAAGUGAAAGUACAUGCCGUCUUUGAAGAUACCGUUCUUUUAAGUUGGAGUCGACCACUGCCAAUGUGGGCUGUAGGCCGCAGUCGCUCUACUAAUCUCAGUCAUUAUUCUAUGGCCUCAGCAGCAGCAGCAGCAGCAGCAGGAGGAGGAGGAGAACAAGGAGGUGUAGUAGCCACACCUCAUACGAAUGCGAUGAAUAUGAAUGGUAGUGAAAAUGUUACUAAUACGAACCUUAUUUCAAAUAUUAAUGAUACCAUGAUGACAACGAGUACGAAUACUUUUACUUCUAAUGUUGGUGAUGUUGUUGAAAAUGAGAAUGAUACUACGGAAGAGGUUCGUGAUGAUUUGGAUGCUGUCUUACUUGGUGACUACUCUGUGGAUCGGUAUGAAUUAUAUCUUGAAGGGAUAACAUGUGAUAUGCGGCGUUGUCUGACACUCUCCAAAGAACAGUUAUCUGUACGUAUUACUGGUCUCUUGCAUAAUCAAAUCUAUUCUGUAUGUAUACGAUCACAGAGUGAAAAAUUACACUGGUCUAUGUUAUCUCGUCGUGAGUCUGUAUUAACACUCUCUCCUAUGUGUGUUGAGGUAUCUCAUUAUACAGAAAACUUGGCAAUGAUCCGUUGGUUCCGUGCCCCACAGAAUGUAUUGGAUUAUGAAUCACUUUUACAUGAUCUUCGUGUAGAGGUAGAACGACAAUGUGAUGAACGUGAAAGACAAGAUCUUUUUGAGUUAAAACGACGAGUUCAAGAGAUGGAGGCUUCACAAGAACGUGAAAACUUAUCGGAUUAUUUAAGUGUAAGACGUGAACAUAAUGCGGCUGUACGCAUGGAUGCUGUUCAUCACUUGAAGGUUGAAAAUAUUAUUCUCGCCGAUGCGGAAGUUUCAGGAUAUCACUUUAAAUUUUAUGGAGAUGGUUGUGUACCGGUAAUUGAUGGAAUUAAUCGUAUGCUUCUUCAGAGUCAAUCACAACAACAAAAAUCAGGGACACGAAAACGUAAACAAGAAUCCGGAAAGACAUCCAAUAUGAAUAACAAUACCAAUACUAACAAACAACAACAACAACAACAACAACGUCGACAUCAUCAAGAAGGUGUGAAUGUAGGUGAUAUAGAUGUUAGUAAUGGAGUUGCUGCCCCUACAACAACAACAACAACAACAACAACAGAGACAACACCGGGAAUAACAGGAGGAGAAGGAGGAAGCGGAGGAAAUAAUGAUGAGAUAUGUUUAAAGGAACAGACACCAUUAACAGAUAUUCAACUUUCUCCUUCUGUUACAGAGAUUCUUUUGAAAGGUUUAGAACCAUCUAAAACGUUUUCUGUAGAAUUACGAGCUCGUAAUUCUAUGAAUGAUUGGUGUCCAUGGAGUCAACGGGAGAUUUUCAGAACUAUAAAUUCAGUUGAACUUCAUCAAAAACGUUUUGGUGAACACUAUAUUAACCUUUAUUGGCAUCGACUCCCUGAAUCUGUUACACAUACUAUUGAGAAUCAUCAAAAACGUUUACAAGAACUUAAUAGUGAGUUUAAUUCGAUGUCCGCUAAAGAUUUGGAAGAUAAAAAGAAGGAACUUUCUGAAGAUGAUUAUAAUGUACUUGUGGAAAGACUUAAAAACUGGCGUGAUUUGAAACGUGAAGUUUCAGAACUUCAAGAACGAUUAGCAAGUGGUCAUGGUGGUGUGGUUGUACAUGAGAAAACACCUAUCAAGGGUUAUCAAUUACGUAUUAUUCAUGAAAAUGGAUCAUUUAUAGAUCAUUAUAUUGAAAAUAAGAAUGAAGAAGAUCGUAAGAGUGAUAUGGAAGAUGGAAAUGAGAAUCCUAUCUCUAACAAUGAUGGAGCUGCUGAUAAUAAUAAUAAUAAUAAUAAUAAUAAUAAUAAUAAUAAUAAUAAUAAUAAUAAUAGUGGUACUGAUACGGAUACUAUUCCUUGUGCUUUUACUGUAAUGGGAUUAACUUCCAAUACGAUGUAUAGUGCCUUAUUAUGUAUUGAUUAUGGAAUAGGUUGGGGACCAUGGACGGAUCCAUUGAAAUUUAUGACCCAAAAUCUUAUUCAAGUAUUAAUUACAUACAUUUCUGAAGCCUUUGUGGAUAUUGAAUGGCAUCGUGCACCUAAUAAACCAUUAGGUCCUCUUGAUGAAGGUACUACAUUAACAAGUGAUGCUACUUCUAUUGAAGGAUGUAUUUUUCAAGUACGUAUUACAUAUGAAGAUGAUGAAAGUGGAGAAAUUAUUGAAGAAUUUCGUACAAUGCAUUCCUGUAGUGUUUUUCGUAUUGAUAAUUUACUUACAGAUACAAAAUAUACUUUUGCGGUUCGUGAGUGGGAUGCUGAAGGAGAUUGGGGACUCUGGAGUACACCCAAGACUUGUGUAACCCUUCCUGGAAUGACCGCAUCUGUGGAAGAAUUGGGUGAAGAUUGGGCACAUAUUUCAUGGUGUAGAAAAGAAAAACGUGUGGAUUACGAUGAUGAUUUACAUGUAUUACAGUAUGGAGUAGAAGAGGUUUCUUAUUAUUUAUUGGUUCAAGAGUUACCAGAUGAUGAUUGGGAAAAGGGAGUUGGAGUAGGAGAAGAUGGAUCAUCACUUCCUAUUGAAUCGGGAGAUAUCAGUAUUAAUAAAGCCCCAAAGACGGUUGUAGAUGAGAUGGAAGGUAUUUUUACAGCACAACGACAGUCGCAUGGUCCUCUUCCACCGCAAGAACAUCCUGUGGAAUUUGAAGGAGAACGAGAUGGACGAUAUUACUUAAUGCAACGUUUUUGGAAAAACACAUCUACUUUUAAACUUGAACAUCUUCGACCAGAUAAAUUCUAUAGUGUUCAAAUAUUAUCUGAAACUACUGGAGGACAACUUGGUGUAUGGAGUAGUCAAAUAUAUUUACUUACCAUGUCCAAGAUUAGUCUUAUGACUGAAUUUAUUGAUGAACAAUAUGUGGAUCUCACUUGGCAACGUAUGCCUCCUCGUCAACAUCCUGCACUUUCUAUGGAUCAAGUAUUUACAGGUAGAUAUAAAACUACAGCUUAUGUACUGGAAGUAAAUGGUGCUGGUGGUUUUCACGUAUUGGAACGAUUAGAGGGAGAAGGAAGUAGAGUAUAUCAUUUAUCUGGUCUCUCUUUGGAUACAUUAUAUAGCGCUAGAGUACAUUCUAUAAAUGAUGAAGAUUUACCAAGUUUAUGGUCAGAUACACUACGUUUUGUAACACUUAAUCAAAUUGCAGUACAACCUUCACAAAUAACAGAACAUUCUAUUGUAUUAGAAUGGGGUCGUGAAGAGCAACGACCCACAAGUGAAGAAAAGAAUGGAGAAUAUGAUCCAAGUAUAUGUGUGGGAAGUCGAAAAUGUAGUGGUUAUCUUGUACGUGUUUCUCUUGCUGGAGAUCCAUCUCGUGGAUAUCUUCUUGAGAAGAGUUUUCCUGGUGAUGUUUUAACAUUUAACUUAACAUCUCUCGUUCCCAAUACUCUAUACAUUGUCUCUGUACGUGGAUCUAAUAAUAUGGGUGAAUGGGGAAUGUGGUCAGAAGAUCGUUGUAUAUACACAAUGAAACUUAUUUCUGUUGAAGUAGCAACCGUAGGUGAAGAUUUUAUUCGUCUUCUCUGGAAACGUGAGGAACCGGAUGAGUUACAAUUACCAGCAUCUCCUUUCAUGACUCCACAAUAUUCACACAGAAAUGAAGAAGAAAUAACGUAUGAAGAUUUAAGUCAUAUGGAAGAUCAUAAUGCCCACAGUAUCAAUAAUUACACGGUGGUCAAUAGUGAGGAUCAACCUAUAGCGUUAAUGUCACCAUCAACAACAACACAAUCCGCAACAGCACCAAGAUCAAGAACAUUAUCGACAAUGUCUAAUGCUUUUCCAUUAAUUGCACCACCAUUAUUACCACCACCAGCCGCAGCCGCAGCAGGAGCAUCAUUAUCUGUAACAGAAUUAUCUAUGCAUCAACGUAGAGUACGAAGUAUUAGUAGAAUGCGAUAUCCAUUACUAGACCGUCCUGAAGUUCGAUCUUCUAUGUAUAAUAGUGCGAAAACACGUGUUGUAUCUUAUUCUGUAAGUGUUUUACGUAUUGGUGAAGGAGAAGGAUAUACUAUUGAAGUACCUGGAGAUACUACUCUUUUUACUAUUCCAUCAUUACUUCCAGAUGUACGUUACUCACUCUCAGUUCGUGCAUGUUAUGGUAAUGGAGAAUGGGGUCCUAGUAGUGUAAGUGUUAUUAGUGGUACAAUGAAUUUACUUGCAGUAGAAUUACGUGGUCUUGGAGAAGAUUACUUAACAGCCGCAUGGCAACGAUUACCAAAUACCUAUGAUGUAAGUUCUGUAAAUUUUGGUCGUGUAGAAGAAACUAUUAGUUAUCAAGUGGCUGUACAUGAUUUUACAGAUGUUCCUUUUGGUGAAGAAGAUGCAGAGGAAUUACCACCACGACUACAACGUACUCUGUGUGUACCGGCUCAAGUGAAUUCCUGUACGGUGAAGGAAUUACUCUCUCAUCAUCGCUAUCGUGUGAGUGUACGACGGUGGUAUAAACCUCUGGAGUCUUUUCUGACUGCAGGUCGACCCUUAACGACAGAGACGCCUCCUCCAUGUGAUGAUGAACAAUUGGCAGAGUUAUUACAACGCAACAGUGCAUCCUGCGGGGCUUGGAGUGAUGGUAUUUAUGAUGUUACUCUGCGGGAUAUGGUCUGCACAAUGGAAGAGGCAGCAGAGGAUUAUUUUGUACUGCGAUGGGAGCGAGAUCCACGUGUACCGCCUUUACCAGUGCGUAAUCCUUUCCCAGUGAAACCCGUAGAGGGAUAUCAUUUACGUAUUGAUGAGAUGACACCAGAUGGUACAGCCGUUGAUACAAGUUCUACAUCUGUUCAUAUUGAUCAAACAUUAAAGGAAGAUGAGGUAAUGUUUACAGCGCAGAAUAUGCGACCAGAUACUGUCUAUCGUGUAGAUGUUCGUUGUUGUGUUGAUAAUGUUUGGGGUAGAUGGAGUCGUACAAUUUAUGUCUUGACAUUACCAAAACUUGUUAUUGAAAUUCAUACUAUUGGAGAAGAUGAUGCAUCAUUUUCCUGGCAGCGUCCACGUCGAAGUUUAAUACUUCCAGAUGGAACAGAAGCUUUAUGUGGAAAUGAUGAUGGAAUAGAUAAAUUUCAUCUUGAAGUAGUUGGUUUACAGUACAGUUUUCAUGUAAGCAAAAAGUUUAAGGCAACACGUAAUACAUACCGUGUAAAACAACUUGAACCAAGUACCGUUUACUCUGUAUGUGUACGAGCAUCAGAUGCGAGAAGAAAUGGAUGGGGUCUAUGGAGUGAUCGUGUUUUAUUUGUUACUCUUAAACCAAUGCAUAUCGUUCUUGGACCCGUUGCUGAACAAUUUAUUACCGUAGAAUGGUAUAGAGAAGCACAAACAGCGGAAGAAUACAUGGAUAUUGUAGGUGAAGGUAUUGUAUCUUCUCCUAAUACAGGAAACCCUGUAGCUGCAAUUCCUACUACUACUAGUGCUACUAGUGCUACUACUACUUCUGAGGCUAAUGCUAGUGCUGCUGCGACAGCUGGAGCUUCUUCUCCUAGUUCUUCUACUCCUCCUCCUCUUGCUCUUCCUGAUUCUGCAGAUUCUGCUGUUGGUUCUACUGCUUGCCCUAUACAACUUGGUAAUCCAGAAGUUAUUGCUUACCAUCUUUGUGUUUUUAAUAGCCAACAUACACCUGCUCUCGCCGUUGUGGAUAAACAGUUUCCUAAAGAUGUUACAAAAUAUGCUCUUGGUGGUCUUGAAGCGGAUACUCCGUAUGUUGUUAUUGUACGUGCUUGUAAUACAGAGUCAAGAUGGGGUUUAUGGUGUAAGGAAGCUGUUUUCCGUACACAACGACUAUUACAAUUACAAGUAAAAGCAGUGGGUGAAAUUUACGCACAUUUAGAAUGGGAACGUGAAAAAGGUGAUCACGCUGAUGAUGGACGUGGAAGUGGAACUAAAGCAGAACCUAUAAUGUAUCAAUUACUUCUAAAGGCAGGAACAGAAAGUAUUGAACGUUUAGUUCACCAAAAUGAGUGUGAUACUACUUUAGAUGAUUUUGGACGAGUUACUUAUUUAUUGGAUGGACUUACACCAAAAACGAAUUAUUUAAUGGCAUUACAACCAUGUUAUGAUGAAAAUCGUUGGGGGCUCUGGACACCCUCUAUUGAUUUUAAAACCAUACAACCUAUUAGUAUUACCGUUAAUAGUAUUGGUGCUAAUAAACUGGAACUUUCAUUUGCUCGUACUCCUGCUACUCCACCACCAACACCCCCACAAGUAGAAGAAGUGGAAGCUGAAAAAGAAGCAAGUAAUGCUGAACAUGUGAAGAAGGUUAGUUCUGUACUGCGUUAUCAAUUGAUUCUUAGGAAAACAGAAGAAGUAGUUGUUAAUUUGGAUAAAGAACGUGAAAGUGAUGCUGCUCAUACCACUGGUAAUUCUGGUAGUGCAGAUCCUUGUGCGGCUUAUACAGAUGCUUCUCCAGAUGCUCUCGUUGAUGGUGCUACUGCUGAAAGUGUUGGAGAUGUUUUUGUAGCAGAUACCUCUCUGGAUCAUAAUUCUGUACCACCUUCUUCUUCUGCAGCAGCAGCAGCAGCAGCAGCUGGUGGUGGUGGUGGUGAAGAUGCUUCUGUUAAUGUUGAUACUACUGGUAAUGAGACGACCAACACCACGGAUGAUCCUAAUAAUAUGGGUACUAAUAAUUCAGUAGCAAUAAUAGAAGGAGAAGUUUCUACACGUAAUGAGGGUGAUACGGAAAAUGUUUGUCGAAGUUCAUUUUCUCAAACAAUCUCACGUCGUGAACCUUUUGUGAUGGAGCGUGAAAUUGAAGUGGAUCAAGAUGCAGAAGUUCCCUUCACUGUAUGUGAAUUGGAUGGACUUGAUAGUUGUACAUGCUAUACUAUUCAAGUUCGAGCAAUGGAUGAAAAUGAAAUGUGGGGUGCAUGGAGUGAAGUAAUGCUAGAGACUGCACCACUUCCUCCUCAAUCUGUUACUUUACGCCGCAUAAAUGCGCAGUUUUGCCUACUUCAAUGGGAGGCACCUGAUAACCGUUACCUCUACCGCUACGUUGUUGAACAGGUGAAUUACGUACCCACUGGGGGUAAAUCCAAAACCACGAUGGAUUGGCGGGUGGUGGAUACGGUGGACGACACCUCCUGCCGUGUGCGCAGCACGGCUCCUGGCGGGAAACUGCGAUUCCGCGUGAAGGCGACCCGCGCCGGCGGGGACGAGACGGUCUUCAGUGAGUACUGCGACCCCGUGCGGCUGACGAGCGGCACCCCGCCGGAGCCCGUCUCGCAGCUUCUCGUCUCGACGCUCUCCGCCAGCGGCUUCACGCUCGUCUGGACCCCCUCGCGGUCCGAAACGACGCGCUCCCACCGGGCGGCGGCGGCCAUCGGCUAUCGCGUCUAUUUGGCCGCCGGCGAUCACGCCCCGAUCCUCGUCGCCGCCGUGCGGGGGACCAGCCACGCCCUCACCGACCUCGAGCCCGCCACCGCCUACACCGCGCAGGUCGUCGUGGAGGGCCCGGACGGCAUCAGCUACGGCAAUCCAAUGCUCCGCGUCGUCACCAGGACCGCAGGCGACAACGCCAUCCUCCACCACAUUGAAGGAGAACCGCCACUCGGGGUUCCAGUGGAGCCGCUGGUCGCCACACGGCGCGCAAUGCUUCCGGAGAUUCCAUCAGGACGCGCCACUCUUAUUCCGCAACCACCAACAGGAACACGUCAAAGUCGAGGCCGAAGUGUCGCUACUUCCCUCAGUGCCACAACAGCAGCUCUACCCGCAUCAGCAGGACAAGCCGCAAGUUACGAAGGCUCCGUCUCAUUCCCACGUACAAACUCAGGUCCACCCACAAGAAACUCCAGUCUUAAGCAAAGGAAAAGAGACCGACUCCCAUCACUAAGGAAAAAACGUUAA